AUGUUUAAAUCUUUUGUAAAGAAGUUUGAGGAAACUACUGGAUCAAUUAAGGAAAGUUUAUUAAAAAAACCAACAACUACAGAUUCAGCAGCAUCUCCAAAUACAACUACCCCCGCAACCACAUCAACAGCGACAACAACAACAACAACCACAACACCAAUAACAGAUAACAAUACAACAACAACAACAACAGCAGCAAAUACAAAUUCAACAGAUGUAAAUAGUAGUAACAAUAGUAACAAUAGUAACAAUAGUAGUAGUGGUAAUAACUAUUAUGUAGAUGUAUUUAAAGGAAGUGUUGUUCAACCGGUUGCAGCUGUCACUGAAUCGAUUAAAGAUUCUAUUAGAAAGGAAGCCGACAAUAUUAAAGAGUUUACUGAGAAAGAUUUCCCUGUGGUGUUGCAAACGGUUACUUCACUGUCGAAUAGUGUUACCAAUACCGUAACGAGUACUGUCACCAACACAGUUGCUCAGUCGACAAUUCAUUUACCAUCGGUUGCACAGCUGAAGGAUUCGUGUCAGGACGUCGACCUCUACAACGGUAGUCUACUACUGCGCACCUACGAGAUCAAGCUGAAGCAGAUGCGUACCAAUGGUGUCAUCUUGGCUGAGCGUGCCGAGGAAGUCGACAAGAAGAUCGGUCCUCUCGUGAGAACCGGAAUGACACACGCCGAAUCGUGGAAGCGUGCACACACAGAGCUCAGUCAUCUCGACGAGCUCAACAACAUGGUGGAGAGUUUGACACUGACAAUGGAGUCGGUCAUCAGCAAGAUCGAGUCGUUGGAGAUUGGCUUGUCGAUCGAGAUUGAUAACUUCUUGGACAACGAGAUGAACAAGUGGCGCGAGAGAAAAGAGGCAGAGUCGACUCGCUACGAAGCUGCCAGAAAGCAGGAGCUUGCCAGGAUGGAAGAGGAGCUGGCUGCCGCUUACAAUAGACACGAGCGUGAGAAGGCGAUGAAAGAGCGUGCCGCCCAGUUGGAGGCAGAGCGUAUCGCACGCAAGAAAGCAGACGAAGAGCUGCAGCGAAAGAUACAGGAGGACGCCAACAUCAGAUCGAAUCUCGAUAAAACCAUACAGCAACAACUCAAUGACUACAAGACGAGCGGAAUCAUUCCACAGACCGCUGCGGCAUCACAACCACAGGAAUCAAUAUCGAUCGAACAAGUCACAAUCGAAGACUCCAAAGAUGAACUUGAAAAGUUUUUAGCACCGACACCACCACAAACACCACCCAUAAAAAGUGAACAACAACAACAGACAGUGGUUCAACCACCAUCACCACCUCCACAAUCUUUAGAAACAGACAAUAAUAAUAAUAGUGUUUUACAAUCACCAACAUCCGAUAUUAUAGUCGGAAGAGAUUCCGUUCAAUCUUUAUCACCGAUCUUAAUUUCCGAAAAGCCAUCGAUGGAAUCAAUCACUGACAACACCAAUGAAUAA